CCACGAUGGCGGUCCCCAAAUAAAUCGGUUAAAGGGGGCCGCCAUACUCUUUCUCAAUGUCUUUGUCUAAAAAACCCGAAAACUGAACCGAAUCUGCCCCGGGUGGUGGUUGGCAGCCUGCGGACUCAGAGGCUACAGAGGUUAAACUUGGCCAGUGAGGUGGGGCGCCCGGGCUUGUGAGUCUGAAGCAGCAGUGAUGGACCGUGGCUCUUUCGACCCAGCCGGUCCCCUAAGGGUCUUUUAACGGGUUUCAGUUUCGCGUUCCGGGAGCGGAACCAGGAGCUGGAUUUGAGGAGAUUUGGGAUUUCUGGUAGGGGAGUCUGUGGGGAGUCCAUGACAGUAGCAAGCCACUGUGGAGAAGCGGGAUGGUAGGGAAUGGUGUCGGCCUGAGAGUGGGCAGGGGUUGGGGUGGCCUGGAGAAGAAUGUUAGUGCUUUGGGUUAGAAUUUGUAGGGGAGGUUAGGGACUGGGGUGGUCUUGGAGGCGGAUCAGUGAUUGGUAUGACUUAGGGAGUGGUUCAGUCAUUGGGAUGUUCUUGGGGUCAGUGAUUGGGGUGCCCUUGAAGGAAGUUGGGGUGUCUUUGGGGAUGUGUCAAUGCCUAAGAAGGUCUUCUGGGGUGGGGAAAUCUCAGUUCUUGGGGCAGCCUUGGAGAAAGGGACGAUGUCAGCGACUGAAGCAUCCUUGGAAAAAGGCGAAUCCUUGGGAUGUGCUUGGCUUAGGUCAAUGUUUGGAUACAGUUGGGGGGAGGGAGGUCAGUGAUUGGUGCAUCCUUGGGGGUGGUCAGUGAGUCAGGUGGCCUUGUGCGGAGGUCAUUGCUUGGGACAACCUUGUUUCUUCUCUUGGAGGGUCCGAGUGUUUGGGUCUUGAUAGGAUGGUCAGCGAUAGUAGGACUCAAAAUCAGAAUGAUCUGGGCUGGCUGCGUGAUCCAUAUUUUAGGUAUGAUGUGGGUAGGCAUUGGUAUCCAAGAGAUUUGUAGGAGUUGGAGCUUCAGAAGUCUUUGUGUUUUGGAGGGCGUUGGGAUUUUAAAACUCACUGACUUCUCAUAGAUGACUACACUGCCUUCUUUAAAACCUGCUUUCCAACUUCCUCUGUCCUCUGAAUCACCCCCUCUCCUUAAUGUUUCCACAACAAUGAAAAUUGCUUUGAAAUGACUAGGGUCCAAACAAAUCUAAGGUGAAAUGCUUAUUAUGAAAGUUGUGGUGUCUGGCCCUCUGGUCUUCAAACUUACUGCAUAUUUCUCUAGGCUCUUCCCUUUUAGGUCCUUCUGAUACAUAAGGGGACAUUCCCACAUCCCAAAUCCUGAUACCCAGAGAUAUUCAUUGUUAGCAUUUUGUUUUAUUUCCUUUUCCAUACUUUUCUGUGAUUUAUUUUAUUAUAAAAAUGUGCUAACACUGCAUAAGUGGUUUAUAAUUUGAUUUUUAAAACAACUUAUAUGAUAAAAUUGUUCCAUUACUGAUUUUGGUACAAAGCCUUGUUGAUAUUAUAUAUGUGGAUCUCCUUGCAAUGUUGUCUGAAAUUACAUUAAAUCUUUGCAAUAAUUUAGGUAGACAAGACAUAUUAAAGUACUCAUAUAGGUCUGGACAUUACUUGUUAGCUUUAUUCCCAGAUGAUAUAUACUUUUGCUGCUAUUGCAAAUGGCUUUUCUUUCUGCUUGAACUUUUUGUUAUUUUUUAUUUUCUGGUAGGUAGAAAAGCAACUAAUUUAAGAAAUAUUUUCUUUUUCCUUUCCUUACUGAACUCUUUUAUUAUUACUCAUGUGUUUUAAUUGAUUCUUGUAGGUUUUCUAGGUAAGCAGUCAGAACACCUGCAGGUCCUGGCUUCCUGGGAUAUGAGGGAAGGAAGUAAAGGUACCAAGAUCAGCACUUUAUCCUUGACCAGAGACCAUCUUCAGAGAAGAACCCAGAGUCAACAAUAGAGCAAAUAUUGGAUUUGCUGGCUGGGUCUCAGGGCUCCAGAAAAUGUCCAAGUCCCAAUUGAGCAUUUUUGUCAACUGCAAAUAAUUUUAGCCUGGUGGCAAGUGUAUGGACUGUGGAAUAAGAAGAGCCUGCUUCUGCCUCUGACUUGGAAAUGAAAAGAUGUCUUGGAAGUGCUUCAAAAUAAUCCCUUGGUGGAGAGCGAGUUAAUAGUGGUGUAGAUAAAACAAAUAGGUUCUAGCCUACAGGAACAACACAUCUUCAGUAAUAGCAAAAGGAGGUUCCAGGCUAGGGAGAUCAUCAUUUCUGGUAGUAGCCUGACCUGAGAUACCUGACCACAACUGCCGGCAGGUCCGGAAUAGGCAGAGGACGGAGCACACCCUGGAGCUGCCAGCCCUUUCUUAAGAACAGAAGAAAAUGGCCAAGGCCCAGGGAUCGUUAUCAUUCGAGGAUGUAGCUGUGGACUUCAGCAGGGAGGAGUGGCAGUUUUUGGACCCAUCUCAAAAGGUCCUAUACAAGGAAGUAAUGUUGGAGAACUACAGCAACCUAGUGUCUGUAGGGUAUCAAGGUACCAAACCAGAUUCACUCUUCAAGUUGGAAGAAGGAAAACCCCCAUGGAUAGUAGAAGCAGCCCAUAGUCAAACCUGUCCAGGUCUUGUUAUCCAGAAUAGAAGACAUGCAGGGAAGGAUUCUGAUGAAUUUGGUGGAUGUGGGAAGUCAUGUCUCCGUAUCAAGCAUGAUAAAACUCUUACUGGAAUUAAAUACCACAAAUGUGUUAAAUCCAGUAGCAUUAAAUCACAGCUCAGUGACCAUCAGAAAACUUCUACAGAAGAGAAACUACAUGAAUGCGGUGAGUGUGGGAAGGCUUUCUCCAAGAAAGCACAGCUCAUUAGACAUCAGAGAACUGAAAGAGGAGAGAAACCUCAUAGAUGCAAUGAAUGUGGGAAAACAUUCAUGAGGAAGAUUCAGCUCACUGAACAUCAGAGAACUCACACAGGAGAGAAACCCCAUGAAUGUAAUGAAUGUGGAAAAGCCUUUUCCAGAAAGUCACAGCUCAUGGUACAUCAAAGAACCCACACAGGAGAGAAACCCUAUGGAUGUAAUGAAUGUGGAAAAGCCUUUAGCCGGAAGUGCCGGCUCAAUAGACAUCGGCGAUCUCAUACUGGAGAGAAACUCUAUGGAUGCAGUGUGUGCGGGAAGGCCUUUUCUCAGAAGGCAUACCUCAUUGCACACCAGAGACUUCACACAGGAGAGAAGCCUUAUGAAUGCAGUGAAUGUGGAAGCACCUUCUAUUUUAAGUCAGAUCUGACCAAACAUCAGAGAAUUCAUACAGGAGAGAAACCUUAUGAAUGCAGUGAAUGUGAAAAAGCCUUUAGAAGCAAGUCAAAGCUCAUUCAGCAUCAGCGAACUCAUACUGGAGAGAGACCAUAUUCAUGCAGUGAAUGUGGCAAAGCCUUUGCCCACAUGUCAGUCCUCAUUAAACAUAAGAAAACUCAUACAAGAGAGAAAGCUGUAAAUUCACUGAAGGUGGAGAAACCUUCAUCAGGGAGUCAUACCUCUUUAUAUAUGAGUGAGCUCACACAAGAACCAAACCCUAUGAACCCAAUACCUGCAGGAACACCUUCCUCAGGAACCCAGUCCUUAUUAAACAUCAGUGAGUUCUUAGGGGCUAGAAAUGUAGUGAUUGUGGAACAAUCUUUUCCAAGAAGUCAAGCUUUAUUAGUUAAUCAGGAAUUUGAACAGGGACUAAGCCUUGUAAAUGAAGUGAAUGUGACACCUUCGGUAAUAAAUUAUGUCUUAUAUGUUACAGAUAUUGUAUAAGAAAAAAUUCUCUGAUACUAGAAAAGCGGAAAAGUUUUUAGCAAGAAUCCUCUAACCUUUAUAUGUCAGCAUAUGUUAUAUGUUCAUUUAGGGCAGAAACUAUGGAUGCAGUGGUUGUGGAGAACAUUUAUGUGAGCAGUUAGACUUAUUAAGCAUCAAUGAAAUCAUAUAGGGUAGAAAUGCAGGUAUUAUGGGGCAGCCUUUGCCUAGAGAUAAAUUUGAAUUGGUAUCAAAGAAUUCUUACAGAAAUAUAUAAGAUUGUGAUGGUAUUUCCAGUCCUAAAUUGUACCACAUCAUGUAUCAGAGAAAUAGAGAAAGACAACUGUAGACAGUGGAUAUGGAAAACAUUUUUAGUAAAAUAUAGAAUUUAUAGAAAAGAGAAACCCCUGAAAGGAAGAAAUGAUAGAAAUUCACCAGACUCAUUCAUGUAUCACAGUUUUAUACCUUGGGAGUCUUGGAAAGACUUCCCUAAUAAAUGAAAUCUUGAACACUAGGAAUUGUAUUAUGUAAUGAAAACCUAUGAAUAUAAUGAAUCUGGAAGUAUAAUUAUGUUAGUUUUUUAUGGCUGCUGCACCAAACUACCAAAACUUUGGUGGCUUAAAAGAACACAAAGUUAUUACCUUACAGUUCUGGAGAUCUCAAGUCCAAAAUGUAUCUUCCUGGGCUAAAUCAAGCUGUUGGCAAGACUGCAUUUCUUUUUGGAGGCUCUAGGGGAGAAUCUGUUUUUUGCCCUUCCAGCUUCUAGAAGCUGCCCAAAUUCUGUGGUUUGUGGCCUCCUUCCAUUGUCAAAGCCAGCAAUGGCCAUUCAGCUUUUUCAUCACUCUUAACACUGGUUCUUUUGCCUCCCUCUUCCAGGUUUAAGGACCCUAGUGAUUAUAUUGGGACCACCAGAUAAACCAGGAUGAUCUCCCUAUCUUAAAGUCAUCUGAUUAGAAACCUUAACUCCAUCUGCUACCUUAAUUCAUCUUUGCCGCAUAAUUUAACACAUUCUCAGGUUCUGGAUGUUAGGACAUGGACAUCUUUGGGACACCAUUAUCUUGCCUACCACAAUGAUGUUAGAUAUCAGAAAAUUCAUACCAUGAUAAAUUCCCACCUAGCCAUUAAGUAAAUUUGGAAAAGCAUAUUCCUAGGGACGUAAUUAACUAUAAUAAUUAUAA